GCCGGGCUGGAGGCGGUGCCUGGCGGGCGGGGGCGGGCCCAGAGACGGGGAUGCAGUCGCCUGGCCGCGGGCGGCUGGAAGCACCGGGCCGGGGGCUGGGGUGGGACCGGCGGGCGCCAUGGAUCUGCUCUCGGCGCUGAGCCUAGGCGAACUGGCGCUCAGUUUCUCGCGUGUACCGCUCUUUCCGGUCUUCGACCUCAGCUACUUCAUCGUCUCCAUUCUUUACCUCAAGUAUGAGCCAGGAGCAGUUGAGCUGUCCCAGCGCCACCCCAUGGCAUCCUGGCUGUGCGCCAUGCUGCAUUGCUUUGGGAGUUAUAUCCUGGCUGAUCUGCUUCUCGGGGAGCCCCUGAUCGACUACUUCAGCAACAAUUCCAGCAUCCUGCUGGCCUCUGCCAUCUGGUACUUGAUUUUCUUCUGCCCCUUGGACCUCUUUUACAAAUGUGUCUGCUUCCUGCCUGUGAAGCUCAUCUUUGUGGCCAUGAAGGAGGUGGUGAGAGUCCGCAAGAUCGCAGUGGGCAUCCACCAUGCACACCACCACUACCACCACGGGUGGUUCAUCAUGAUCGCCACUGGCUGGGUCAAAGGCUCAGGUGUUGCCCUCAUGUCCAACUUUGAGCAGCUGCUGCGAGGGGUCUAGAAGCCGGAAACCAACGAGAUCCUGCACAUGUCCUUCCCCACCAAGGCCAGCCUGUAUGGAGCCAUACUCUUCACCCUACAGCAGACCCGCUGGCUCCCGGUGUCCAAAGCCAGUCUUGUCUUCACCUUUACUGUGUUCAUGGUGUCCUGUAAGGUGUUCCUGACGGCCACUCACUCGCACACCUCCCCUUUUGAUGUUCUGGAAGGCUACCUCUGCCCUGUGCUGUUCAGGCCAGUCUGGGGAGGCAACCAGCAUGACAACCAUGGCAGGCCCCACGGAGGCAGUGGGCCCAGCUCCCCACACUCAGCCCUGUCCACCAAGCCCAAGGAGGAGCUGAGUGAGGGCUCCAGGAAGAAGAAGACCAAGAAGGCGGAUUAGCGGGGUGGUCCAGGGGCCCACAGGGCACUGGGGAGGAGACCUGGACCCUCAGAGCUGGGGUGGGCGGGCAUCUUGGGCUCAGCUCUCCCCUCUUUGGGCCUCGACUUCCCCGUCUGCAAGCUGGGGCCAUCAGCGGGGCUGAUGACGGGGGCUAAAUAAGAUGUGGGGGUGAAGGGCAUUUGUAGGAAUUGGGGGUCCUGCUCUGUCUUCCUGGCCUCCACAGAGUCCCAGCCUUGGGUGGGGGGGGAGGCACAGAGUCCCAGCAGCAGCUCCCGCCAGAAACCCUGGUAGUCACAUUCUUGAUUCUGUUACUUCCUCUCUAAAAUUACGCUCUUGACCCUGGAAGAAUUUCAAGCCACGUUGAGACAUCGUUGGGCAGACGUUUCCCAAGUAUCUGCCAUGAGGCAGCUUCUGUGACUUCGUCUUCUUCUUGCCAACUCCUCCGGAGCAAACCUGGGCCUUGCGUUCCCUGUGUGCGGCGCAGGCCCCUGGUCCUCCUUUGUACAAAAGAACUGACGUGAGGCUAGACACCAGCCAGCCCUAUAAACUCACAAGCAACGUGCAGCCAGUAGAGAGGUCAAAGUGAAGGCACAAAACAGGGUGUUGGCAGGCCUGAGAGUAAGUUCUGGUUUUGCUCCUAACUUGCCAUGUGACCCUGGGCAAACCCCACCUUAUUAAAUGGAAAUGUUGGAAUAGGUCAAGAGUAGGAAAGUUUUAUGGCCCAUGGGCCAAAUCUGGCCCACUCUGUGUUUUAUUGGCACACAGCCACAUUCAUUUGUUUACAUAUUGUCUAUGGAGUCUCUCAAGCUACAACAGACUUAAAGGUAUCGCAGCAGAGACUGUCUGGCCCACAGAGCUGAGAGUAUUCACCUCCAGGCCGUUCACAAGAAAAGUUUGCCCAUCCCUGCACUGGAUGAUUUUUAAGCCUCUUCUCUGUGGGUGAAAUCGCAGUAUUUCCAGAAUCUCUAGCCUGGCCUUAGUGCCUCUCCUUAUCAAUAGAUGUUCACAAGGAGUGGUGAGAAGGAGAGGUGACACAAGGGUGGGGGGGUGUUUACAAGAAGAGGUGAUUACAAGGGUUGGGGGAGCGAGGGUGUAUCUGAGCUGGAGAGGUUUGGUCAGGCCUCCUUUUUACAGCUGGGUCGCGAGAGACAGGCGAGCAGAAGUGGACUGUUUGUAGGCAAUAAACAGGUUUCUCCCACUUUAUUUCUUCCUUUGACUGAUUUCAGCUUUCCAGGGUAAUUUGCUGUGGGCUGGGAACUUAUUUUUUCAGUUUUCGAACUUCCCCUAGUGAAUAUGCACUUAUUAGGCAAAUCGGAAAAACGGGGUUUUUUUUUUGGUUUGGUUUCAGAACGUAAGUUUACUAGGUUAACUUAGGCCCCUUAGGUUUCAAUCAUUCUUGCCAGAAAGGGAUGAAGGAAGGAACGUGCUUAGAUUUUCUUUAAAAAUUUUUAAAAAAUGGUAUUUCAAAGUGAGAAUCAAAAUGAUUGAGAUUUUUAUGGUAGUAUUGCCACGCUCCUAGGGCAAUACAUUUAUUAGAAAGCAGUGAGCAGAGUGAGGGAGCGAUGCCUCUCAGACACCCUCGCCGCCCAGGAGCCCAGCGACUGCAGGCACGCUCAGCCUCCCCAGCCUGUCGCCCGCUUGCGGACCAGGUGGGGGGGGCGGGGGGACGGGCCGUGCCCUGGUUUCUGAGCGGACACCAGACACCUGCCUCCGGCGUGGAGCGGCCGCAGGGGCAGCGGGGCACGUCCUGGGCGAUGGACACGAGGCCCCUGGACUUUAUCUGUAACUGCUUCUGGUAUAACUUUGGUCUUACCUGACCAGACGACCCCCAAGAAUUUGACAGACAAACCAGGUCCCUGAACCUUGGUGCUGUUCACAGCCCAUCCUUUCUCCUGUAGACACUGCAGCAGUCUAGGUGCAGCACCUUCUAGAUCUGAAAGAGAAUCGGAUGUGAGCAUGACAUCAUGACUAUAAUGGUACAGCCGCACCACUGGUGGUUUCUCCCACGUAGCCAAGUCCUGGGCUACAAGUCCAUGACAGAUGGUGGGCUGUGGAGGUAUCCCUGUGGAAGGAUGGUGAAAGUCCAUUCCGUCCUUCCCAUGUGAAGGCAAACUUCCUGACUUUCCUGCUCAAUGUCAAUGGAAAAGAAGGCGUUGGCAAGAUCUACCACAUAGUGGUAUGUUCCUAGUUCAUGGCUGAGGGUAUCCAUCAGGCCUGCAAUAGAGGGGACAGCAGCAUGCACAGGGGGUUUGACUUUAUUCAGCUCUCUGUAAUCCACAGUCAUACACCAGGAGCCAUAUGGCUUCUUUACCGGCCACACUGGGGAACUGAAAGGACUAUGGGUGGGCUUUCUAAUACCCACCUUUUCCAGCUCCUGGAGAGUUUCUGCAAUCUCUUCAUGCCCUCCAGGCAGUUUGUACUGUUUGGUAUUAGUCACCCUCCGAGGCACAGGCAAAGCUGUGGGCGGGUGCCUAGCAUGUCCUCUCAGAACUGCCCUCACCACAGGUACUCUCAGUCUGAACUCACCUGCAGUGGUCUGCAACCAUAGACCCUGCAGGAUAUCAACCCCCAAAAUAUACUCAGGGAUGGGAGACAUAUACACGGUAUACUCUUUGGGGGUAGAUGCCCUAUUCCCAAAGGGAUUUGGGCUUUUUUCACUCUGAUAGCCUUACCCCGUAUCCAUCUAUGAUAGUGGGGGUCCUGGGGAACUGAUCAGGGUUACCAUGAAUCAGUGAACAUUCAGCUCCCGUGACCACCAGAGCCAGGACACGUUGUAUGUUCACUGGUGGAUUACAUCUUGGAGAACAGCCAUUUAGCAGAAGGCCCAGAUGACUUAAAAGAUCCCUUCCACCCAAAGCUCAGUUAGUGCUGGUGGGGGCCACAUUUCCCGAAGGUGUAGGCCAACUGCUGAGGAAACUUGCCAGCCCAGACUCUCUAACCACCAUCACCAGCUCCAAGCUCCACUGUAUCAUGCCUCAUGUCAGACAGACAUUUAUGAGACUUGAAGGGAGCAGAGAUGGUGACUGAGUUGGUACAGAUCCUCAUGGAGCAUGACAGAGCACAUAGGACUGGUCCCUCAGGAACUGUUCUGGUGUUCUGUAAUAGCUCCAGCACUGUGAACUGGCUCGGAUAUGUUCUGGAUGACCGCAAAGUCCAACACCAAGGCUGCAGGGACCAGUGAGGGCAGGUGUUUGCCAGUGCUUCCAGAAGGGCUCCCAAGACACACUUCUCUGCACAGACAUAGGCUCUCAGGGCCUGGAUAGUACCCACAUGGAACUAAUUAUCAAUUAUGAUUUCCCCCUCACCUUGCAGGACUACAUCCACAGAGCAGGGAGGGUGGGCCGUGUGGGGAGCAAGGUGCCAGGCGCCAUCAUCAGCUUUGUGACCCAUCCCUGGGAUGUGAAUCUGGUUCAGAAGGUUAGGCUGGCAGUGCGCCAGAGGAGAAGCCUUCCAGGACUAGGGUCCUCAGUGAGAGAGCCUUGGUCCCAGCAACCUUUAUUGCAACUAGUUUAAAUGAGGUGCCAGUGGUGGGUGAGCACACUUGUUAGUAGGACAUGCUGGGCUGCCCAGUCACCUCUCUGAAGGCUUGGUGAGCUGCUGUCUGGCUUGAAAAGGUAAGCUGCUGGCCAGCCUGGAGGGUGAGCUACCGAGCGUGGCUCAUCUUUCACAUGACUCAUGAAAAAUAAAGUUGAUUUUCGCUUUG